UCACAGUUUCUCUGCACACCUUUUCCACUUACUAAUUAAGGCUCUGUCUCACAGCAAGAGAGUUUUUGGCCUGCUGUCUCUCGAAGGGAAUACCUGCAAGAACGAGAAUAACUAUGAAGUGCUUUCGAAUGGCUUUCUUCUCUCUGGCUGUGUUCAGCUUAUGGAGCUCUACUGUACAGGAUUCUGCCAAUAUGACUACAACAACCAGCACAGUGAAAGCGUCUUCUGGAUCAUCUCUGAGAACAAGCAGUCUUUCAGCUACCACAGCUACUUCGUUAAGGAGUGCUCCUACACCAUCUCCUAAUGGAAAUAAAGCAUCCCAAGCAACAUCUUCAUCACUACAGGUAUUACCAGCAACAAACAACAGCACUUCUACAUCAGGGACUAGCCAUUCAGUUCCACCAACUUCUGCAACAUCCAAGUUGACUCCAAUGACUAUUGGUCCAACCAGUAACAUAACUGAAGAUGUCAGAAGGAAUGAAACACACCGAGAAAGCAUAUCUCAGAAUACAACACAAAGAAGUGGCUUUGUGGACACAGACCAGGCACCAGAUACUCCUUCUUAUACCAGUAUUAUUUUGCCAGUCAUUAUAGCUUUGAUAGUAAUAACCCUCUCGGUAUGCAUCCUGGUGGGUUUGUACAGAAUCUGCUGGAAGACUACGCCAGAGAGGCAAGAGAAUGAAACUGAACACACUUCAUUAGAUAAAGAGAAUGUGAAAUUAAUUUCUGUUAAAACAACUUCUCCAGAGUCUGGAGAACACUCUUCUCAGGGGACAAAUAAAACUCGGCAGCCUGAUAAUUCCUCUUCACAUUUGGGCAACAAAUGAGUGUGAAGAAUUCCUAUUUCAUGGUUUCUUGCUGGAUUGACUCACCAAAGCAGAAAUUCCCCCUGGAACAGUGUGGAUCAACAGACAAAUAAAAUGUGCACAUUUAACUGCUAUAUAACAUGUUACUCUGAAGCGCCUCCUCACAUCUAUGCCUGCGGUUUUCCAUUGGAAAGCCUCUUUUCCUUUUUGUCUGCGGUGUAACUGUUGUAUAAUAUGUAUUUAUUGCUUUUUACCUAUACAAAAACAGUGAAAUUUUCACCUCUUACUAAUGUAAAAAGCUUACAAUAUUUGACUAAUGGUUUUGUACAUAAAAACACUCUUCCUAAAAAGGGAAUAAACAUGUUUUCUUGGGCUUCCAA